CUCUUUGGUAAUCGCCAGUUGGCCUGAUAAUUGGAUAAGAGGGGCUAGCCAUGAAGACCAAUCCAUUGUGCCUGUAGAUCCUGGUGUCCUUGUCCUGGGGCUGGGUCUUCUAAAGCACCAUUGUGUAAAACAUUACGGUUGCUUUGUGAGAACACUGAAUAAACAAAAUCCAAAAACUCUAAAACUCUGCAUCCUCAUGGUUAACAUUUGCUUUCAUGCUUGAUUUUCCAUCCAAGAGUUUAAAAUUCUUAAGAUACCGUUUUAUCAUUGACUGAGACCUUGAUUUUCCGCCAUGUGGUUGGUUCAAAUGAAACUGUUCGAUGUCUUCCUGACAUUCAGACACUCCCUGUUGUCCUAGAGGAAUGUUCCCCUGGAGUGACAGGUGGCAGGUAUGUUUCAAAGGCUCACAUGUUGGCUCAGUUUGCCUGCGUGGCUCUUUUCAGGAAGAUUGGUCAAGGUGAGGCACCUCUUGGUGUACUUUAACUUUGUGCACCACCUACUUCUUAGUGGCUAAGAUUGUUACCGUAAAGAUUUAGAAAGUGUCACGCCAAGUUAACCCAUCCAUGUUUCAUCUGAUAUUUGGGAACUUACUUUGGCAACUUGGUCAGGUUGCCCCCAGAAUGUCUGAGUAGUUCCCAGUGUCGUCUUAACUUCAACAUUACGUAACGUCACUAUGGCUUUGUUCCUUUAUUUUCCUGUCCCCAGAAAUCCCAUCCCAAGAUUAAAAUCUUGUAAGAACAGUUAUUUGUUCCCUAAAUAAUCCCCAUACUAGCUUUGUUCAUGGCAUUCCCUCUGCCUAGAAGAUCCUUUCCUCCCACCUCUCCUUGCUCACAUUUAAAUCGACAACUUCUUUAUGGAAACUGCUGUGAUUUCCCAUCCCCCCUCAACUGAAGAUGAGCUUCUCCUUCCUUCUAGCAUUCGUAGCAUACUUUUGUCUAUUUAUCUUUUGCCCAGUGUGUUGAUUAUGAUUAUAUUGUACAUUAUCGUUUGUCCUUACAUUUGUCUUGAGUUUUCUUAUUCUGGUAUUUCAAGUAUAUUUGUAUUUCUAGGCCCUUUGUAACAUGGUUCUCUAAAAGUUCAUCCCUCUUGUGGGUCCAUCUUUGUAGAUGGCUUUUUGGGGUGGAUUAGAUUCUACUGUGUAACCUCAAAUACAACAAGCCCUCACUCAGCCUCUUCCUUGUGGUUUUCUUCCAGGCUAGAGCUGUCUUUAAUAUCCCCUGCCUUUUUGUGUAGUCUUUCAUCCAGACAGCUAAAAACAGGGCUUGGGUCCUGACACCAGACUGAUCUUAAAAGUCAAAGAAUUCCCUGCUUCUCUAGCUCCUGAAAUCAUUUCUGAUCCUGUUCCUAAAAUGCAUCUGUUAAAAACAGCAUCUUCUGUCUUCUACAUUUUUACACUUUUUGCUAGUGCUGUAUUUCGCUUUUAACAAGUUGCAUUCUUCAUUGCUGUAAGAUAAAUUUAUUAAAACUCAUCAAAAGGGAAGUGAAGAGGAAACGACAACAGUGAUUUUGUUUGAUUCUUACUUUUUAAGCUCUUCAAUACGCUCAAAUGUUGUCUUCAUAUGAAAUCAGAGUCUGUGAUUAACCAAAACAGAACAGGUGACUGUUAAGUCUUGAAUAUUAGAUCUUUCUAGGAAUCCUUUCCCCAAAUGUUUUUAUCUUCUAUGGAUUUUUCCCUACCCUUCAGUUGAAUCACAUCCUUUCUCUAGGACCUGCUCAUUGCUGUGGACUCCAGAAGAGCCUCUGUUUCUCUCAAUUCUCCUUCUGUUUCAACUGCUACCUUUUGAAAAUGGGAAGAAACAAAAACUUUGAAGGAAAAGACCUAAGGACAAGGGGGGGAAGCCACAAUUUGGUGAUUCGUUGUCAGAUCGCAUUAGUUGAAUUGACGGUUUUCUAGUCUCCCAAAAUAAAAAUUGUGGAGCUGUGAUUCCAGAAGCAGAAUACUCAUGCCUUAGUAUUUACUCCUAAUAACCCUAGCUCUAACCCUUCAUUGUUUGCAGGAAAAAAAUACAUACUAAUCGCCUUUUUCUGGGUGAAACUACCCGAUGAGCCAUAAAUUAUAAACUGUAGUCUACCAAAGAGGUCUGUAGCAUUGGAGGUUAAAGUUCAUUCGCUGAGUAGAGUGGAGUAGUACUCCACAGAAGCCAGGCUGUGUGUUUGAAAAACAAAAACUUAAAUUUGCUGAGCUUUUAAGAAUCUCAUGUUCAAAAGAGAAGACGGGGGGAACAGGCAGGUAGAAAGACAGGAAGAGAGACCAGCAAGAAGAGAGUACAGUGUGAGAUAGCAGAGGCUGGAGGUUUUGUUUUUACAAACCCCUAGCCCAACCAUUUCAAAAUAAGCUUUAUGACAUCACACAAAUUUUGCUUCUCUGAACCCUAGUUUGCUCAUUCGUAAGAUGGAGAUGUGCCUCUUGCACAGGGUUACGUGGCAUAACAUGUCUCAAGUCCCUAAUACCAUGCUUCCUGUUUCUUACAUUUUAUUAUUUAUGUCCUUUAUUGUAUUAUUACUUUUGUUUGUUCUCUCACACAAGAGCGUAGCGGAGUCUGCAAAUCUUCUAAAGGUAUCGGCAAAGUUUUAGGCGUUACUUUCCUGUGAAAGAGACCUUAUUUUGAGGCCCUGCUUGGAAAACUUGUUCAGUAAGCUCGGUGGCAUCAGGGGCGAAUUGUAUGUGACACGGAGAGGUUAAAAAGGGAGGAGCAGGUACUGUUCAAGAGCUGGUGGCACAGUCUGGAAUUAUAUGCCCUCUCUUUUUGCCCUGAUCUGACUUUUUACUUGCUACCUCCCCUGACACCUCUUUCCCGCUCCUUCCACACACAGCUGCCCUACCUUUGACCUGCAACCAGAAUCUAAAGCUUACUUGGUUUCUACGUAAGUUAAACACAACAAUUGCCGGAGCCAAACUAAGAGUGAAAUUCUUUGAAUAUGAAACUGAAAGGAUCUGCCUUACAACUGUAAAGCUGCUGUUGUUGUAUAUUUGUUAAAUAAAUUAACACAUAUUUUUAGUCAUCUUUUUUACCUUGGUUUGAAUUUACAUGGGUUCUGAUGAGUAACAAUGCUAUGACCUUGUAACUUAGGAAAUAGAAAGGAAAUGUAAAUUAAGAGAAAUUAAAUAUGCUAUUAUGAUACUUUAAAUUUCACUUAAGUGAUCAUGUUUAUUGAGCACCUACUAUAUGCCAGGCACUGUCCUAGGCAGUGAAUAAAGUAGGCAGGAACUUUGCUUUCAAACAGUACUCAGUUGCUAAACCCAUUCCCUUUUCUUUAGGGCAUUUUCAUUGUCUCUGAAUUUGAGAGCUGAAAAGUACCUCAGAGAUCUUCUAGUCCAGCCUCUUGCAAAUGGAGAACCCGAGCCAGUAAUUCACAGGAGAGUUAAGAGAAUUUAGCAGACAAUUCCAAGUAAUGACAGCAAACUGUAGGGAAACCAGCACAAAUUGAGGAUUCACUGUAUCGUUAGUAUCAUGAGCGUAGAAAAGUUAUAAAUUACUACAAGAAGAGUUCACUCGUGGUAGUGUAAAUGAAAGAUUCCACUAUAUUAUCCUCAAGUUAAAAUCAAGUAAUGUCUUUUUUUCUUCUUUAGCACUGUAGAGAAACCAAUUUUGUAUCGUGUAGUGCCUAAAUCUAUAAAUGGUUUUCUGUGUAUAGACUCAGAAGUUUCAGAAGCAGUUACGCAGACGAUGCUGUUUACGAGUGUCCAGGUAGUAGUGGUAGAAAUAAUGUGUCUUCCUGCCUUAAUAGAAUCAUAGCAGUUCAUAUCUGGAAUUUAUACCCCUUAGGCCAAGGGUGAGGACAUUGACUCCCAAAGAGGUUAAUUGACUUGCCCAAAUAAGAGCCAAAACUAGCGACUUCUAUUUAAGCAAGGAGUCAGGGUUGUUUUUGGUUUUUUGUUUGUUUGUUUGUUUUUGUUUUUUAUAUUAAGGUCACUAUAUUUUGAUAUUCAGAUAUCCAUUUUCAUCUUUAAAUGAUCUAAUAUUGUCAUCAGACUUGCUGAGCGUUGGCCUUAUUUUUUUUUUUAAUUAAGACACUAUCUGAGAAAUUGACAAAAGAUAAAGUCACAGAUAUUACAACCUGGUCUCUUGGCAUUUCUAUAUUUCUGGUAGUUCAUCUCUUAUGCUAAAAACAUCCAGUCUUCCGUUGCUGGUCAUAAAUAAUUUUUCCCCCA